AAUAAAAAAUUUCGGCUGGAAAAAGAAUUAACUAACGAUAUGCGAUUCGGCGCUUUCUUCUUGGAUCGGGCUUCGAGAGCUCUCAAGGAUCCUACGUUCACGAAGCUCGUCGUGGUUUUCGCCGUCAGCGGUGGAGGACUUGUGGCAUAUGCUGAUUCCAAGUCAGAUGGGUAUGAAUCAUCUCAAGUACCCACCAAGAAGAAGGUGGUGGUUCUCGGAACUGGUUGGGCUGGAAUGAGUUUCCUGAAAACUGUAGAUAGUUCCUUGUAUGAUGUACAAGUGGUAUCACCUCGUAACUAUUUUGCAUUUACCCCUUUGUUACCAAGUGUAACAUGUGGAACGGUGGAACCACGUAGCAUCGCUGAACCAAUCCGUAACAUCAUUAGAAAGAAGAAAGGUGACAUCAAAUUCUGGGAAGCUGAAUGUUUUAAGAUUGAUGCAAAAAGCAAGAAGGUCCACUGUCGAUCUAAUGUAGGUACAAACUUAGAUGGCACCGGUGAAUUUGAAGUAGAAUAUGACUACCUGGUGAUUGCGGUUGGAGCUAGGCCAAAUACGUUCAACACACCUGGUGUGGCGGAGAAUUGUCAUUUUCUAAAGGAAAUAGAGGAUGCUCAGAGAAUUCAGAAGGCAGCUCUUCCUAAUCUUAAUGAAGAAGAGAGGAGGAAGACCCUACAUUUCAUUGUUAUUGGCGGAGGCCCAACUGGUGUAGAAUUUGCAGCUGAACUCCAUGAUUUUGUUACCGAAGAUUUGGCCAAGUUGUAUCCUAAUAUUCAAGAUCUAGUGAAAAUAUCAUUGAUUGAGGCCGGUGGACAUAUAUUGACCAUGUUUGACAAGAGGAUUACUGAAUUCGCUGAAGACAAAUUCCAAAGGGAUGGCAUUGAUGUGAAAACAAACUUUAAAGUUGUCAAGGUGUCUGAUAAGGCUAUCACUAUGACGAAUCCAUCAACAGGAGAAAUUUCAGUGCCUUAUGGCAUGGCUGUCUGGUCUGCUGGCAUCGGCACCCGUCCUAUUAUAUUGGACUUCAUGAAAGAAAUUGGCCAGGCUGGUAGGCGUGUACUGGCAACUGAUGAAUGGCUUAGAGUACUUGGAUGCAAUGAUGUGUACGCACUUGGUGAUUGUGGAACUAUAAACCAACGAAAAGUCUUGGAAGAUGUCUCUGCAAUAUUUCAGAAAGCAGACAGAAAGAAUUCUGGAAAAUUAACAGUUAAAGAACUCAAAGUUGUGUUUGAUGAUAUCUUUGAAAGAUACCCUCAGCUGGAACUCUAUCUUAAGAGCAAGCACAUGAAGGAUGUUUCAGAUCUGUUAAAGGAUUCAGAUUCCAAUCCUGGUACAGAAUCUAUUGAACUUGACAUUGAGCGCCUUAAGAAAGCUCUUUCUAAUGUCGAUUCACAAGUCAAGAUGCUUCCUCCAACAGCUCAGGUUGCUGCACAGCAAGGAACUUACCUUGCACAGUGCUUUAACAAGAUGAAGGAACGCGAUGAAAAUCCUGAAGGUCCUCCUCGUAUUAGAGAAACGGGACGUCAUCGGUUUCGCCCUUUCAGGUAUAGGCAUCUGGGCCAAUUUGCUCCCCUGGGUGGAGAGCAAACAGCUGCACAACUUCCAGGAGAUUGGAUUUCUAUAGGCCAUAGCAGUCAGUGGCUUUGGUAUUCAGUAUACGCAAGCAAGCAAGUUAGUUGGCGCACAAGGUUCCUCGUUGUAUCUGACUGGAUGAGAAGAUUCAUAUUUGGGAGGGACUCGAGUCGCAUGUGAGCCAGCAUCUAAGAAGCUAAUCACGGUUGGAUCAGCCCACAAGCAUUUGUUGCCUUUCAUGUUUCUGUAAAAACCGCAAUUAUUGUUUCAAUUUUUUGAGCUUGAACCGAGUCAAUUUUUGAAGGCAACGUUAUUUGUCAAUUUUGCUUACAGAUGUAGUAUGCUGCAAAUUUUUGAGUAUAGGAUAAAUCGAAUCCCUGA